AUGGCUUUGGCUGCUAUCCUUUCGCCCAUCGACACCUCAGAGGCAUGGGUGUAUUAUUACGAGAAGAUCGAGGACACGUACAGCCUGGCUCUCCUGCAGUCUUCCGUCUCUGGUGGCCGAGACCAGGAGUUCAAGAACCGAAACACGAUUGGCUCCCGAGUCAAGCCUCCUCCAUCUGACCUUGCCGUGACUAGCUUUCUCGGCCUGGUGCGUGCCUUUGGUAUUGCCCAAAUUCCAAAGGCCGUCAAGUCGACAGACCCUGCUAUCGCUGUCAUUUCUCAGCUGAGUCCAGUUGUGAAUCCCAUCGACAAGGUUUCUGCAGCCAAUGUUCAGCCUGGGGAUUACUCCGCCGUUGCAGCCUGCGGAAGCACGACCAACACCGGUUAUGUGUCCCUCUUGAAAGAGAUUGGUGGGACUGUCAAUUUGGUCAACUACACCAUCAACAAGUUGUCUGUGACCUCCAAAGCAGUCGAUGUCACGGUCGCAGCGUACUCCAAGCUGGCGAGCAUCGUCGUCCAGGGCAAGCCUUGGGUCUUCUUCCAAAACAAGGCCGGGCAGUACUUGUACUACCACAAUAUCUUGGCAGGCGAGACUUCAAAGAUCCCAACCACUGGAAUGGCGGAAACUGGCACGCACCUGGCUGUCACUUUCAGCCCCGACAACUCCAUUCUCUUCCUCUACUACCGCAACCAGACUGGAAUCGUGGCCAGAACGUGGCUCCAUAACGGCAAGUGGUCUCCCGAGGAGGCGGCCGUGGAAGAUGCCAUGGACGAUGAUUCGGCCAUUGCCCUGGUUGCCCACGAGAAGAACAUCCACGUCUACUUUUGGAACGACGGCCAGAUUGUUCACGACGUGAACGAUCUUCCUGACGAGAGCCAGCUGAGCGUCAGCCACGUCGCUGGUUUUCACGCUGAGCCGGCUAAGUGA